UCAGACACACCCAUUUCAAUGACGAAGCUGCCAGUUCCUGCUGGAACUUCGGCUCAGUUGCUCGUUUGGAUCUUGAAAUGCAGCAUGAUAAGAGCGUUGCUACGCUCAUUAAACAGCAGCUUUCGGGAGACCAUGGCUUGAACAUUCCGCUUAAACAUGUCUGAGAAAGUGAGCACUUGCCCUUUGUGCUGCAUUGCUUGCUGAGUUAAUCCACAAGGAGCAGUCAGUCCCAUGAGGGUUCUUAAUGCAAGCCGAUGGUUUAGUUUACAGUACAUCUCCAUUUCCAGAAUGUCGCAACCGGCAAUGCAGCCAAGUGAGUGCCUGCCUCCACUUAAUGAAGAGGAAGUUUUCAUGAUUCAAUACUUGCUUUUUAGCGCGUUGUCCUUUUCGCGGUAAACAGUUUAUGAUAAACGUUAUUUGCUUGAAGAAUCAACAUUCAAGUCGAUUCAAAUUGCUAUUUUGGAACAAUUUAUCCUUUCUGAUUUGCCUCGAGUGUUGUGUGCACUGCUGCUAAUGUCAGAUUAAUAUUCCGAACAGCUCUGUUGGAUAUAUUUGAAAUGAGCUUGCAAGCUAAUAACUGCAAUGGAAUGGAUGAUUCUUUGCCCGAUACAGUAAAUAGCGCAUAUCAGCCUAAUCUGAUCAAUGACACGAAUGACAACAAACAUUCCUGUGCACGAACAUCUCGUAAAACAGUCCAUGUGGCAACCCAAUUGACUAUUGAAAAGUGUAUGAUCCCAGAUAAGCUAAUGUUUGCACGCAGUAGUAGUAGUAGUAGUAAUAAUAAUAAUGCCAUGGCAAUCUUAUCUGACCAAGAAUUGUGCGGAAUCCCAGAUAUAGCCGGACCUGAAUUAGAAGUGGCUGAUGAGCAUCUCUGUGAUGAAGUUACUAAUUCUCAAACUAGCUCUUCAGAUAAGUACAUGACUGCAAAUCUGAGUUGCAACUCCGAGAGUUCUGCUACAAUAACAGAUCCUGGCUGGUGUGGCCAAACACGUAAAUUAUCUAACUCCCUCAAAAGUAAGAUGCCGUGCAUUGAGCCCCUUGGUGCCAGCCAUGCCACAGAUUUUGUACACAAGUUAAACUCUAACGUUUCAAAUGAAGAGUAUCUUCAGAAGACGGUGCAUCACGUUUCGGGUAACAGCUUGAACUUCGAUAAAAUUCGCAAUACCAAUAAUUCAAGCAUAGGAAUUAAAACACGUAUAGAAAGUUUAGAAUAUCUAAUAUUGCCUUGUGAAGCACAGUUGGAAAUGAAAGGUGGUUGUCUUGGCAGCACAGAAUUUGAAUCUACUGUGUCUGUCCCUGAAUUGUCAGUAUUUUCCAAUAGUUCGUAUGAACCAAUUGUCGUGUCAGAUCAGUCACUGGAUGUUUUUGAGUCUGUGGGUGACUGUGAGCUGACAGAUGACCUGCUGACUACAUAUCAACUGCCAAUGGAAGUUGUCUUUGAUUCCAAGGACCCUCUUGAAGGGCUAUCAAAUCAGCAGCCAGUCGUCGAUGAAAAGGCGCAAGUACUUUGUCAAGCAGAAUUGGGUCAGAGAGCUAGAUUCUCUAGCGGCCCCUCCCAAAAUCCUAAUUGGAACGAUAGGGAGAACACUGAUCGUGAGAAAUUCCGUUCCACUGAUGACCUCUGUGUGAAAUAUCAACCAAAGGAAAUGGUACAUGAACAGUUAGUAGCUACAAAUGAACAAACCACCAAAGUUGACAGUAAGAAACCUAUGCAAAGGAAUGAAGCUUGCAGAAAGCCAGCCAACUGGGCAAUGGAUGCCACUUUUAUGGUGUUGCAGGAAGCAAAUAAUUCAAAUUCCGCAUCUGAAAGCACCAAUUGGAAUGGUGAUGCAGAGGAACCUGUACCUCAAGCAAGGGAAAAUAAUGAGGAAACAUUUCUAAUUUCUAAUUCAAUAAUUCAUGAAGAUGGAAAUACUUACUCUCAAACAUCAACCCCAUUGCCAAAGUCCACAGGAAUGACAUUCUUCAGCCCUCCCUAUAUGAAUCCAACUGGCAGAAUGGAUGGGAACUGCACCACACCUGUAGAAGAGCCUCCCAUUAACAUGCAGCUCCAUACACCCAGAGACCCAGUACAGAGGCAACGUUACAAGGUAAAACAUAAUGCAACUAUGAAAGCAAAAUUGGAGAUAAAAUGUUACCCCAAGCCUAACUUUAACAAUGUCAAACCUAAAGUUGUAUCCAGAGUUCAGACAAAUUUGUCACCAAAAAAUGUCUCCCCUUCAUCUGAAGGUUCAUCAAAAAAUGUUCCAAGGUCCGUCGGUUCCAUUCCAUCACCACGGUCUCCAUGUUCCCUCUCUUUUCCAAAAGCCUUAACUAAGGAUCAGCUUUCCAAAUCUGCACUAAAAACAAAGUCGGCAGUCUUGAAAUUGCAGAAUGUUGUGUAUAAGAAAAUGAUCCCUACAAACAUGCAGCGCAUUUCGAUUGCAGAGAAGAUCUCAAAGUCCAAUUGUAAGAAUGCUCUAGCCUCAACAUCUUCAAAACCAGCUUUAAUUGAUGGACCCUCAAGUCAAGUACACAACUCAUCGCAGUACUCUGCAAGCACAAUUCAACUUAAUAAAACUUUUCAUUGUAAUGGAAGUGAGAGAACAAAUAUUUCAAAGCAACGUGUUCCUGUUAUUGAAAAACCAAGAGCCAGAUGUUCGAGUCUGGCAAGUGAUCACCAAGUUGAUUUAAAUGUUCCAGCUUCUGUGCCGAAAGUGGAGAAGGCUUGCAGCACAGAAGAAGUUAUUUUACCUAUAUCAGCACCCAGUGAUCAAGGUGGACGGAAACCAUCUCUCAGCAAUAAGAGGAGCCUACCUAUGCCGUCUCAGUCUGCAAAAUUAAGAGUGCCAUCUUCUGAGUCCAAAUUGCCUCUGGGAAGUAUGAAGAACCACAACCACUUGGGUGGAGUGCAGUGUCCAACAAAUAAGCAGCUGAUGCAAUCUGAUGAACACAAGGUUGCUUCAAAUAACACAAAACCAAGGCUUGGAUCAAUUAAAGCCACCCCAAACUUGGGCGGUAAAACAGUGAAAGGCAACUUCAACUCUAAGCUGCCCGUUCCAACUUCUGGGUUAAAACGAGUCAACAGCCUGUCAUCAAACAGCAGUGGUGUGUCAGUUCACAGUGUUCGGAGCACUUACAGUAGUAAAGCUACAGUUGCUUCAGUUCAUCGCGGAGAUGGUUCAAGGGAACGCAUACGCUCUGCAUGUGCCAAUCAUAUUCAAAAACAGUCUUUUUCGGUGAUACGGUCUGCAUCCGUUAAGUCCCCAUGCAAAGGACCAUGGAGAAACGGGAACACUCCAAGCCAGGUUCUUUCAGGAUCUGUUCCAAGGUCUGCAAGACAGUUGACGACUUCAAGCAAGCUAAAAGCUGACAAAACUUGGGUGAAGUCCAACUCCGCACAGAAAGCAGGCUCCCAAACUAACCUGUCAACACACCCUUUGGAUUUGCGCACAGUUGAGAAGAGACCCCCUGGGCUACUUCACUACAAAGCUACAUGUGAAAAGCAGGUUGCAUCAAUUGCAAGGCUGAAAGAACGAUUAAAAACAAGUAACCAAAGAUGCGAAGCUAUUGCAACAGUGGUUCAAUAUCUUCAAGGCCAGAAGGAGGAAGUGGACAAACAACGCAAGGGGUUGUCUCAGGAGUUGCUCGCUUUGCAUUCUGAACUUGAGACGAGGAAUUUGACGUAUACCCAGUUAGAGAAGGAUCAGGAAGAACUUCAAAAAAAAUAUGAAGGAGUCCUUCAAAAGCUGUCUGAAGAACAUCGGAAUGAGCUUAAAGAUUUGGAACAGAGACUGGAACAGCUUUUCAAUGCAGAGAAGGAGCAUUUGGAGCAAAACUUCAAACACGAUGUGGAAACUCUGCAAACACACCUGCAAAAGGAGGUUGAAAGCUUAUCUUCUGAGCAUGAAGCCCAUGAAGUAGAACUUGUUGCAACCCAUGCAAAGAAUCUAGAAUCCCUUGAGAAAGCCUAUCACCAGUCUUUGGCAGAACUGACCAGAUCACAUGAGAUGGAACAAACGACAUUGGAAGAGAGCUUUACAGAGAGACAAUCACUGUUUGAGGAACAGAUUGCAAAACUGAAUGAGGAAAAUGAUUCUUUGAAAGAAGAAAUUAAAGCAAAAGAGAUUGCAAAAGCACAAAUGCAGAGAGAUCAAAAAGUUGACCCUGUGGGUCUGUUUUUGGAGCAAGAAUUGGAAAGUUUGAAGGCGGUGCUCGAAAUAAAGAAUGAGAAAAUACACAAUCAAGAGAAAAGGCUGAUGCAGAUGGAAAAAUUGAUGGAAACGCAUAUUGCGUUGGAUGAAAAGCAUAAAAUUGUGCUACAAGAAAAUGAAGACUUAAAAGCUCGAAUGGACAAACAUAAAGCUGUGUCCAAGCAAUUGUCAACUGAGCAGGUGGUUCUCCAAGAGUCAUUGCAGAAAGAAUCAAAAGUCAACAAGCGCUUAUCUAUGCAAAAUGAAGAACUUUUAUGGAAACUGCAAAAUGGAGACGUUCUUAGCCCUCAGAAGUUAUCACCAAGUUCUUCUUUCUCCUUUCAAUCUUCUGGAAAUUCAGCACCCUCAUUUUUCAGCCCUGCACCCACACCAAGGUGACACAUCCAAACCUUUUACAUCAAAGGUUAUUGGGACAUUCAAGGGCUUUUGAUUUUUGACCGUGACAAACAAAAUUCUGUUCUAUUAUAUGGUGUAAGAUUAUGAAAAGCAUUUUUUAAUAUCUAUAAUUGAGUAUGAUCUGUAUAUAGAAUGUUGCACAGAGCACUUAAUAUAAACAGCAAGAAUCUUGCUUUUGCCUUUUUGCCUAUUAAAAUCAAACUCAGGGCAUGUAGAUUAUUUUUAGCAAAUCUGAGUGUUCCUCAUUUAUGUAGAACAUUUGUCUGGUAAAAUGGAGGAACUGCGAGAUAUCUAGAUGAAACUAGCUUGUAGAAGUCGGAAAUGCUUGUGCAGUAUCUAGUCCUUGAUCUCUGUUAGAAAUCAGACCGAUAGCUGUGUGUACAGAUUUAAAUUCACUUGGAAGUUAAUGGCCAGAAGAUAUUGUGGACACUUGCUGACUUUAUUUAUAAUGCAGAAAGAUGCUCUCAAUCUAUCUAAGCACUUAGCAAUAUUAAAGGAACAAUUAGUACACUAGCAAUGCAAGGAGAGCACUUAAAUUUUGAUUCCAAUAUGUGGCUGCAUAUUACUGAUUGCAAUAUGUGGCUGUAUAUUACUUUGCAUCCAUUCAGUUGUAAUGAAUUUUGAACUUUUCAGGACAGUAAGGACUUGUCUGUUCAACCAUCCUACAGGGAGUUAAAUCAUUCCACCUUGAACUUUGAGGUGUGUUCUUAAACAUGGUGUUAAAACAUCUUCCAUGGUUGUGAGCGCGACUAUAGUUCUGAACAACCCAGAAAACAAUUUUGGUCGCUAUAUAGCUAUUUUUAAUGAAUUUAAUCUUAAAUGGCCACGUCUCUAGAAACAAGUCUUACCUGGCAGACUGCAUAGGAAUGUUGGUUGUGUUUAUACUGUAAUAAAAGUAGAUCAAGUGUAGUAAAGUUGCGAAAUACCAAGUCAAUGGUUUGUCUUUUACACUUUAAAAUUCUCUUUGGAGAUGUGUAGCUUUGUGGAACUUGUCACCAUUGAGGAACUGCUCUCCAUUGAACAUGUUGCCGGAUGUAUCUUGGUGAUUACUUUGAUCUUUUCUCUGCAUUCCUUUCAAUGGCGUGAAUCUAGAACCCCAGGUAGAUCUGCAAGAACCAGCGGUAGCGCCUAGACAUUCUAGUUUUUGAGAUUUGUUAGAACUGUAUUGCUUAGAAGUUGAUACGAGUCUGUUUACUGUUUUUUGGUGGGUUGAACAUAAUUCAAAACUCUGAUCUGUUAAAUUUGGCAACCUUCAAGUGCAAAUUGAUGGGACGAUGAUUUUAAUUUGUGGUCAUUACACCUCAUUCUGUGUGAAUGCAACACAGAUAAACAGAACAUUUCCAGAAUCUUAGUGCAAGUCAACAAUUGUCAUCCUACAAUUAUUCUAAAUGUACUGAAGCUAUUUCUAUUCAUCGCAUAAUUUAUUCCUCUUGAAGCUACUGCCAUGAGCAGGUGAUUUCCAAAGAAAUCCAGAUUAAACCAUGACUAAGGUGGUCAAACAUUAUCUGUUGGCCUGGCCAAAAUGUUGAUGUUCUUUUGUUGCAUUAAGUGAGAGGAUACGUUCCUAUUGUAUCAAUAAGUAAUGAAACUAAAAACAUGCAGUUUUUCAACUUCCCAAUUGAAAAUUGGCAUUUGCUUUCAAAAUGUUAUUAAUUUUGUCUUGAUGCAUGCUGAUUUACAAUUCACUUUCCAAAUUAAUCUGGGCCACGGAAAAUCAUGAUUAGUGUUGAGUUUUAUCGGCAUCUACUGCAAAAAGCUCCAAAUUCUCAGGCAAAUCUUGGUUAUUUGUUACUGAUCUGUGUACUAUUCACUUUAUACACAGGAUUAAAAGGAGGAACAUCAAUCACUAAAUUCAUUUAAUCUAGAAAUUGAAAUGGAGGCCCAGACAAUUGGAUUUAUUGAUUGUUCUCAUUUCUAUGCAAUUUCAUUUCACUAACCAAUAAAUAUACUGACAUGGAUUUGCAAUAUUAAAGAUGUUAACUUUCUAAUCAAGGCAUUCAAAAAUUCAUAGUUUUUCAAGUAACGCACCCGAUGCCUUUAAUAAUUUUCCUCCAGUGUUGGUACUAUUAAGUUUGUUUGGUCAGUUGUAGAAAAAUAUAUAUAUUUUGGAAAGGAAAAAUAACAUCUUCCUAGCUUCAUUUUGAACUUUGAAUAAUCACCUCAAUCAACCCUUGAUGUAAACCAACUGAGAUUUCAAAGGUAUUUCUUGCAUUUGGUAUGCCAAUGAUUAUUUGUGCAUUUCAUUGAAGUUAGCAUUUUCACUACAGAUGCUUAUUUUUGAAACUCGUUUACACAUGUUGGAGCGGCCUGGAGUUUCUUGUUGCACAGCAACACUAGUUACUGGAUGAUAAACCUGCAUUAUUCGCUUCUCCAAGUUUAAAAAGAGAUGUUUCUUAAUCAGUGAUCCAAUUUGUGGUGUGUAAUUAGGAAACCUUCUCAUGCUGAUGCUUGUUAAAUGAUUUUGGGUACAUGCAAUAUUUUAACCAGUAAAUCCGUAGAAGCUUGUCUAUUUUGUUGCAGAAAAUAGCUAUCUUCAGUAUUUGUUAUGUUUUUGCAUAACAUUUUUGACAAAUGAUGUAAUGAGAUCGAAGAUGCAUUUAUAAUUUAUACUUACUACAAACUUGAUGUCCAAUGCAAAAGGGACAAUGAUUAGUUGAAAUGCUCUAAAUAAAUGUCCUAACAAAGCUUGUAAACAUUUUGAUUUCAUUUUACAUGUACUUUGUGCAUUGAUCACUUUUAAUCUUUUGCAUGGUAAAUGUAUCCGUUGCUUCCUUGUUAAAUAAAGUUAUUGCUGUUUUCUCUAAUCAAA